GGGGGACGGGGGAGGAUGCUCUUCGGCAUCACCAGCACUGGACGAGGACGAGAGCAGAACACAUACGGAGGAGAAGUCACUUCACAAUCUACUAUGGCGUUCAAAUCACAGGUUACAAUAGUAAUGUGCACACUAUUGCUGCCUGUGUCCUGCUUGGAUGAGACUGAAGUGGUGGCUUCCCUCUAUGGAACUGUCACCCUCCGGUGUUGGUUUCCCUUUAUACAAGGACGGGAAGGUCUGUCGGUGGUCUGGGAGAAGAAUGAUAAGGAUGGGAGAAGAUCGAUCGCACACAAGUUUAUAGAUGGCCAGGAUAAUCUCAAAGAUCAAGAUAUAAACUACACGGGACGCACAGAAUUGUCUGGGGAUUUCUCUCAGGGAAGGGUGGACCUGACACUGAGAGAGGUCACCUUCAAUGACGAAGGAACUUAUUACUGCAGAGCAGCCAAUAGAAGAGGCCAUUGGGACAAGAAGGUGGACCUAACCAUAGGCAAUUUAAAUGCAGAGGAGUCAACAGUUACUGUCAUUCACAUUGAUGGGAAGAAGCGUCUGAAGUGUAUCGCUAUCGGCGUGUUCAGGAAUCCCUGGGUCAAGUGGUAUGAUGAGAAGGGCUUCCAUCUGUCCGAACAUGGAACGCGUAACAUAACCGACAUCCGUAAUGGCCGUAAGAUGGUGGAGUCUGUGCUGAACUUGGAUGUGGAAACAAAUAAAUCAUACUUUUGUCUGCUGAGAGAGGGGAGACUGAAGAGGACCGCCCGAGCUGUGCUAUCAGAUCCAAGGUGGAGAAGAACUUGUCCAAGGGCCGUUAAGGAUUCCUCGACCUUGACCUAGACUGCCAUCGUUUUUUCGCAUCAGGAUGACAGGAGUGGCCGAUGGACUGCAGCUUUCCUUGAUCACUCCACUCUGAAGCAUGUUGCAGAAUAACGCCUUGACCUCUUGGUACAAUGAUGUGGGAAUGCGAUGGUACCGUAUCCCCCAUGAGUAUGGGGUAAAAGAUGGUUUAGUUGAACCCAUAGUCCUCUGGACUGGUGACAAACAUUAGCAGGUGUUUUUCCAGCAGUUGAUGAAACAAUCUUUGUUGGGGUAGAGAAAAUUCUUUAAAGGGGAUAUCCAGCUCCUCUAGUAGGGACCUGAUAUAAUGGCAAAGCACUGCAUGGAGAUCAGCCAAGAUGGGGUGUCUGUGCAGCGAUAUUGGCAUAGUAUCCAGGUUGACGAGUUGCACCAAGACUCUUCCCCAAUGGACCUUGGAUAGGGUACGGCCCACCAACCACUCCCCUGAUGUCAUGGGAUGCUUUUGAUGUUCUACCAUAAACGUGGCCCCCUGUCAUUUCUUGUGGGCCCCAAAGGGAAGUUACCAGACCACCUCUUGCAUGUGUGCCAAGAGUAACUUUUGCUUGGGGGUGUACGGACCACUCCUGCUUUCUCCAGUUGCUUCUUGCUUGUCCUGCACUGGGCCUUAUAAGCCUGGAGCACUCAGAGCCACACAGUUCAGACCACAGCCAAGCACCCCGAAUAUUCAUAUUUAGCCAAGGCAAGGUAAGUCCUGGUCUUUCAAGACAUUCAUGACCACCGCAACAGGCGCUGCUGGGUCUUGGUUCACCUCUACCCCUAACCACUCCACCACCUGGUCUUCAAUUUGAAUCCUCACCCAGGUGACGCCAUCGACCAGGAUAGAUAGAUUAUUGUCCACUCUGAGGGACAGCCAGCAAGAGUCUAACUUUUCUCGUGCUUCAAACUUCUGCACAUAGAAAUUGUACUUCAUAACCAUGACUUCUGACCUUGAGUCAAUCAGGCAUGGGACUUCUUGCCUGUUAACUAAGGCAGCCACAACUUGGUCUGGUGCAACCAUGUCCUCUGACUUGCUGGGUUGUUGGUCCCAGAGUUGUCCCUCUGCCCCAGGAGUCAGUUUUUUUUAAGAUAACUUGGAAGGGUUUCUGAAUCCAGACCGCCCACAGUAAUAUGUCUAUAGUGGCCCCACCUCCAGCAUUUUCGGUCUUCUUCGAGGUCCCUGCGCAGUGGGUUCUUGCUUCGAUGGGGUUGUGGUAAGUCCUUCUUAGAGGAUUCUACCUCCUGUUUGAAGGUGGCCAGAUCCUGAACUAGCUUUGCCAGUUGGUUUCCAUAGCUGAAAGGGGUGAAGCUGCCAGGGCCUUCUCUUUGAAGUAUGCAGGUCCAAAUUCCUUGGUCACUGCCACCUUUGCAUUAGUCUUCCUAUUUCAAUGCAACCGCAUCCACUACCACAUUAUAGAAGGAGGUGGUGGGUUGUGCCUUAACUUUCACUUGCAAAGCUCUCUGGACUGAGCCAGCCUUCAGGCCAGCUAUGAACUGAUUCCUCGAUAUAUGAUCUGAGUCACUGAUGUCAGCGCUCACACCCACAUCCCUCUUCUCCAGGUGCCCACAGAGGUUCUGCAUGGCUACUGCAUAAUUGGCAAGGUUCUUGUCGUCCUGCUGUUAUCUUAAGAAGAACCUUCACCUCAGCCCUGGAAGCGGUAUCUUUUCUCAAAACAGGCCCUCCAAAUGUGAUACAAUCUGUUCUACAGUAGCUCACUUGUCCUUUGGCAGUUCCAUCAUCAUGUGGCGGGCAUCAUCCUCUAAGGCAUUAAUAGCCAGCUCCGCCACCAACCGGGCCAGGACCUGGUACAGGUGCGCGGUACUCCCCAGUCUAUCCUCCCACUCUGCCAAGGAGAUGUUACUUUGGUACUUCCGUAAUAGUCUAAGGCCAAUGCUAGCGGAGCCAUGCUGGAGCACAUUUUUUUUUUAUUUUUUUUUUAAAUAGGGUGGUGAAUGGUAGGUUUUAUUGUUGCUGGGUGCCUGCAGGGAGAUUUUCCCUUUUUUAUUGUCUUGGAGUCACCAUAGUAAAUAAUGAAAUAUCAGCAGAGUGCAAACAUCAAUAAAAACCUGGCAAUAGGAGUUCUAUUUUGUUUAUAUCUACAUAGGUCUAUAUUAAGUUAUAUUUUGUAAGAACUUUGAAUAUUAUGGGCCAGAUUCACAAAAGAGAUACGCCGUCGUAUCUCUGUUUCUAUCUAUGCGACUGAUUCAUA